AGAGAGGGAGGGGGCGCGCUGCAAUUGUUGGAUGCCAGAAAGGUGAAGGUGCUGUCUUGAGAAGCACCUUGAGGAACCAAUCACCCGCAUACAGUAGCUUCGCUCUCUUUGCUUCAGAUACGGCUUUGGAAGGUAAAAGGCGGAAUCCUUGUGCUCAGUGUUCAGACAAAAAGACAGAAAGCAUUUCAGAAAACUCUGAGCAGCUCCUCAAUCUCGAAAUCUUUAUCCUAGAAAAGCGAGGAAAAAGGGAAGAAGAGACAAGGCAGGGAGAGGAAAACAAAUCAGCCACGUGCUUGAAGCCGAACCCUUGGCCAAUCGAAAGCCGUUGGCAAAGCGAGUACAGACAAGGACUUUGAAGAGAAGAAGAGAGGAAGGGACAAUGUCGCAGGCCGCACCUGCUCUCAGUGCGAGACUUGGUUCUUUGCUACCUCUCAACAUCAGCACACAAUGCUGUCAAGCAAGUUCUGGUGUGCACAGCCCUUUCCUCACCUCUCCCGCUACUAACCUAAAACGAGGCGCGGUUGGGGCCCGGCCUUCGCUGAGGGGGAGGAGUCGUGCUCAUAACGGCCAAGGGAAUGACACCCCUUGUUUUCUCCAGCCCCAGAGAACAGACAGGGGUUUUGGGAAGUUGUCUAGCAGUUUAGAAAGUGUGUCGGUCAAAGGGAGGCGAUCAUUAAGGGCAUGUGCGGAACGGAAGGCUGUCGAGCCUCGUCAACAACGAGAACAUGCAGAAGCAGUUGAAUCAGAGUCUGAACGGCUACCUGUCGACCUUUUCUCUGCUCCAGAACUCCCCGCAGAACCAUCGAGCAUUGACCCCACCCCUGUCACGCAGCUCCUCCCAAAGCUAAAAGCCCUUCCUCUAUGGCAAAAAACCGCUCUUCUCGGCAUCUCCGCUCUCCCCGCCCUCCCCGCCGUGUUCGCAGGGUUAAACUUUGACGGCCCAGCAAGCGUCGCGCAGGCGCUGAUCGUCCUAGGGGCUAUAGUCACUUUUCAUGAGUGCGGUCACUUUUUGGCGGCGCGCUUGCAAAACAUUCCAGUCAGUCAGUUUGUGAUCGGGUUUGGACCGACGCUAGCAGAGUGGAAGGGCAAAGAGGUGGACUACAAGCUGAAAGCGCUUCCCCUGGGGGGCUAUGUUGCGUUCCCUGACGAGGAUCCCGGGACAACGUUUGCUCAGGAUGACCCCCGGUUGCUGAAGAACCGGCCCCUGCACGAGCGCGCGCUGGUGAUUUCCGCCGGGGUUAUCGCGAAUGGGAUUCUUGCAUUCGCCGUCCUCUUUACUCAGGUACAAACAGUUGGCUACACAGAACAGCACUUCCUCCCAGGAGUGGUUGUCGGCCAAGUCAUGGAAAACUCCUCAGCGCUUCGGGGAGGGGUCCUUCGGGGUGACGUCAUCCUGAGCAUCGACGAGCAGAAGCUCGAGGGGGGUUCCGGAAGUACGUCAGAGUUGGUGGAAGCAAUCAAGCGCCGGCCGGAGAAGGAUAUUCUGCUGGAGAUUGAGAGGGGGGGAGAGAAGAUGGGCGUGCGCGUGAAGGCGGAGCGGGACAUUGACGGAGCAGGCCGGAUUGGGGUUAGUCUGCGCGCGAACGACGAGAUUGAGCGGAAAGUGGUUCGGAACACGUGGCGCGCCGUGGAGCUCGCGUCGUCCGAGUGGCGGCGGCUGACCGGCAUCGUGCUGGACGGGCUGCGCCAGAUCUUCUUCAACUUUGGCGGAACGGCAGAUAAGCUAUCGGGCCCAGUGGCGAUUGUUGCGCUUGGGGCUGACGUCGCAAGGAAUGACGUCACUGGUCUGUUCCAAUUUGCGGCCCUCAUCAACAUCAACCUUGCGAUUGUCAACCUCUUGCCGUUGCCGGCGCUGGAUGGCGGAUACCUCGCCCUCCUAGUUGUCGAGGGUAUCCGAGGCGGGAAGAAGCUACCGGAAGGUCUAGAGCAGCGGAUUAUGGCGUCCGGUUUGCUGCUGCUGUUGUCGUUAGGCUUGUUCUUGACAGUGAAGGACACCCUUAACCUGGAUUUCAUCAAGGAUUUGCUAGGAGUGUAGGUUUGUGAUUGCCAACCAAUUGUUACCACAAAUAAAGGCGGUACUAAUAGUCAGCUAGGUUCAUUCACGAUUGCUGCAUAUUGACCUGUUUCCACGUGGACUCUCAAUGUAAG